GGGUCUUUCUGGUUUUUCCUGAAGAGGCCAUGUUUCUUGAGCUGGAGCCCUCAGCCUCAGGUCUUCUGCUCCAAUCAGGUUCCAACUUCACCGUGGUGUGUUCAGGGUGGAGUCAAGUCAAAUGGACGUUUUUAAACUACACUCAGGUGGAUGGAGUUAGAGUGGAGACACAGGGCUUCAGCAGUAUUCUGCAGCUCUCCAAUGUCACCUGGAGGAAUUCUCGAAGAUACACCUGUGAGGAGGCGUCAGCUCAACAAAGCAGACACAUUGACAUUUUCAUACCUGGACAAGGUCCAGAUGAAUGGUUUGUCCCCAUAAACUCUCAUGUAGUGAUGAAGACGACAGAGAUAGAUACUAUCCCCUGUGUGGUGUCUGACCCAAAGCUCAAUGUAUCUCUGUAUGAACGAGCAAGCAGAACUCUGGUCCCAGGAAUGACGUAUGAGCCAGCUAGAGGCUUCACGGGUCAUCUGAACGACACGUCAUAUGUGUGUGURGCAUCCAGCAGAGCCAAGCAGAAGGAAUCUCAGGUGUUCUAUGUCUACAGCAUCAUAGUACCUGAGGUCAUGGAGAUGGAGCUUUCAGUUUCCAGAACCGUACUGAAACAAGGGGAGGGCUUAACAGUUAACUGCACUGUCAGAGACCCUGGUGUGGUGGUCAUCUCCUGGGACUUCCCCCGCAAACAGGAUAUAGAACCUCUGACAGACAUCUUGCCCAAUCAAAUCCACUCCUUUAUCAACAUCACUAAGGCAACACUUGCUGAUUCAGGUAUGUAUGUGUGUAAGGUGCUGGACACAAACCAGAGACGAACAGUGAAGAAAAACAUCACAGUAACUGUUCUGGACCGAGGUUAYGUCUACCUCUGGUCCUCAGGUGAAACUAAUUUGUCAUCCAUCCUCGAUAACACGGUGCAGCUGAAUGUGGAGGUUGAUGCUUACCCUGCUCCCACCAUCACCUGGACCAAAUACAACAAGGAUUUUCCAAUGGAAACAACUUCCAUCAACACCACUCACCUGACAAGUAGCAAGUAUGUCAGCACUCUGACCCUGGUUCAGGUGCAGAUGAAUCAGACAGGAAGUUACACAGUAACUGCAGCCAAUGAGGAUGAUUCUGWAGAAGUUGUCUUCCACCUGGAAGUCAUAGCUGCACCGAGGAUCAUGUCUUUGUCAGAAGUCGGCAGUAACACCAUUCGGUGCAUCACUGAGGGAGCUCCACCCCCUUCUGUUACAUGGUACACCUGUCCCAGCUCACACAGGUGCAAUCAUUUGAGUGGCGGCUGGAAGAAUCUGUCAUCAGUCUCAAAGGGCGUGGCUUUAAAAGAGAACACAAGCAAGGUGAUGGAAGGAGGUCUUACCCAGGUACACAGCAUGGUGGUUCUAGAAGCUCUCAGCUCUGUGUCAGCUGUUCGCUGUGAGGCUGUGAACUCUGCUGGAGGCCGAGCCCGAGACCUACGAGUAUUGACUCAGUCUCUACUGUCUCAGGUCACAGUGUUGGUGGUGGUUCUGGUUCUGCUCAUAACAGCUGUCAUCUUUUUCAUCAUCCUUAUCACUCUGUGGAGAAAAAAACCUCAGUACGAAGUCCACUGGAAGCUAAUUGAGUCGAUAAGUUCUGAUGGACAGCAGAUCACCUUCAUGGACACUGAAGACCUGUCCUACAGCUCCACCUGGGAAAUACCUCGAGACCACGUAGUACUCGGUCAAGUGUUGGGUUCUGGUCCAUUUGGGUGUGUUGUUGAAGCGACAGUGUCUGGUUUGAUUCAUUCUGGUUCAGUGAAUAAAGCAGCGGUGAAGAUGGUCAAACCCAGAACUAGCUCGGUCCAAAGCCUGAUGGCAGAGCUGAAGGUUUUGGCUCAUCUUGGUCCUCACCUGAACAUUGUCAACCUGCUGGGAACCUGCACGAGAGGAGGCUGUAGUCCGUAUCCUGACCUUCUGACAACUAAAGGGUUUCUCUGUGAGCUGAAGAAAGGACACAGAAUGGACAGACCUGAACACGCUUCUCCUGACAUAGCGGACCUGAUGACACGAUGCUGGGAGGAGGUUCCUUGGUCCAGACCUUCUUUCUCCUCGUUGGCUGUUGCCAUGGGCAACAUGUUGAGUAAUGACUUCAAACAGCGUUACUUCCAGAUAACUCAAGAAUUCCUUAAAGGACAAAGUCCAGCUGUGGUUCAGUCGAGACGCAGUUUAACCACAACCACAGAAGAUCAGAGCCAAGGACACACAACACAACAAA